CACAACCGUCUGCUCUUGGAUAACGCAUCAACAAGAAGUAAGACGGUGUAACGCUUGGAGUGGUAGAACUGAGUAGCCGUCCAGUGGACGCGCAUCUGGCACGCCGCAGAGCUCGGCGCCGUGCCAUCGCCGGGCUGGAUGGAUGCAAUGACUGGUGGUGAAAAGAAUCGGAUCCUGGAGGUUCCUAGUAUAUAUUGUUCCCUCCAUCAUCCGUUGGAUUGAGCUUUAUUUCUCCCUCGCAAGUCGUCCCCAUUAUACCAUGCGGCUACUAGUACUAUCUCCACAGAGAUCUCAAUCUUGUCUCUCAUAUCCCAGUCACCAUGCCCAAAGUCACGUACGAACCCAGCGGCCUGCCCGAGGAGGGCACCAGAGUCGAGAUGUCUAUGCCCAGCGACCUGGAGCCAACAUUUGUUGACGGCAGCAAAACGCUCUACACGAGAUCCAUGUCGGCCUGCAUGGCCAUUGCGACCUUUGAUCACGGCAAUGAUGACCAGCGCACCAUGACGCACGUGGCGGGAGUGCCAGAUAAUUCAUACUACCGAGCCCUCGCCAAAAUCAUCUCGCCUAACACCACCAUCGUGGCGGCCGGUUUCCAAGAUAGCAAGUGGAUGUUCAUGAACACCGUGGAGAAAUACGUCAAGGAACCGCUGGUACGCCAGAUGGAGGAUUUUGAGAAGCCCAUCAAUCAGCUUGAGUGGCUGCUGCUUUGAACGGAGUUUAGUGAUCCAGGACUGGAACCUGGAACACUGGUGCUCCAGGCCGAUGGGGAGUAUGGGAGGCUCAAAGCCUCAAAGUGAAGGAGUUGAAGUAAUGGCUCCCGGAAGCUGAAUGUGGACUGUUUGGUACGACGAAGAUGGGGAUAUCCAUGCCUAGGGCACAUGUAUUGGGCAGCCGAUCUCAGGACCUGCGUUUUGUCUUGUUGACUCCUGGUCCCGCAAACAUGCAUCUCUGAAAGAUCGUUUGUUUUCUUAGUCCGCUGCGGGCAUA